UUGCGGCACCCCAAAGCCCCGGAGUUUAAAUUUGUAAACUUCUCUCUGCCUCGAAGCAUCAUCAGCUCUCCCAGCUUUAAAUUUUGUCUUAUUUUGGGUCAAAAACUUGUUCUUAUUACACCUGAACAACAGUUUGAAGUUAUAGAAACACCGUGUGCACUUCUGAAACGUCAAAUGGUCCAACACGGCUCUCAGUUCUGCGUUGAGCUGCCAGCUUUAACGUUAAUGUGAAGCACAGCGGUGAAAAUGGACAAGCUUUCUGUGGGACAUAAAGCUGCUUCAGGCAGACUGAACCGCUGGGUGGAUCCGUCCUUUGCUGAUUUGCCAGAGGAAAGCUUUACUCCAUCUAAAAGGAGAAAGGGCAGCCAGGUGUUGAUCUCCAAAGCUGAGCCAAAGAGGCCCAGGAAGAGGACGGGAGAGGCCGGCAGCUCAGAGCUUCACACACCCUACCUGCCGAAGGAGUCAGCCCAGAGGGACCAGGAUGAGUCUUGGGUGGACAGAUACUCACCCGAUUCACAGGCUGAGCUCGCUGUCCACAAGAAGAAGAUAGAGGAAGUGGAGAACUGGAUGAGAGUUCACUCAAAUGCAGCAAAGGGCGGGAUCUUGCUGCUGACGGGACCCUCAGGCUGUGGAAAGACUUCCACAGUCCAGGUUUUGUCUCUGGAGCUAGGCCUCAGGGUUCAGGAGUGGACCAACCCCACCAACCUGGAGCCGUACAGCAGCAGUCAGCAAGAAUGGAGGAUAAACGGCUCGUCCUACAGCUCCCAGUUGACCCAGUUCCAGGACUUCCUCCUCAGAGCAAACAAGUACAACUGCCUGAAGAUGCUAGGUGAUGGAGGAGCUACAGACAAGAAGCUCAUACUGGUGGAGGAUCUCCCAAACCAGUUCUACAGGCAGCCUGGCAGCCUGCAUGAUACCCUGAGGCGCUUUGUGAAGACCAGUCGAUGUCCCUUGGUGUUCAUUGUGUCAGACAGUCUGAGUGGAGACAGCAGCUCACGCUUUCUUUUUCCCAGAGAAAUUCAGGAGGAGCUGGACAUCAGCAACAUCAGUUUUAAUCCGGUGGCUCCAACGGCAAUGAUGAAGGUUCUGACUCGAAUUUCAACCCUGGAAGCAGGAAAGCAGAGCUGUGGGAGGAUGUGCGUCCCAGACCAGGCCAUGUUGGAGAUGCUGUGCUCAGGCAGCUCAGGAGAUAUUCGCAGUGCCAUCAACAGCCUCCAGUUUUCCUCCCUCCCAGACACAUCAUUGGAAAAGGGGCUAUGGAGGAUGAAGAAGGACAGAAAUGUGACUUCACUGAGCAAAGCUGCUUCCAGAACAAACCAGAGAAGAAAGAAGUCCAAACUGACAAAGGAGCAUGAAGAGGAGCAGGCUAUUGGAGGGAAGGAUGCUUCUCUGUUCCUGUUCAGAGCACUGGGAAGGAUCCUGCACUGCAAACGAGGGAAAGGUGCUGAAGCAGCAGAAUGUGUCCCUGGACCUUGUCUACCACCUCACCUGUCCCAUCAUCACAGAGAAGCAUUACUUGUUGACCCUGAGCUGGUUGUCGAGCGUUCACACAUGUCUGGAGAGUUCUUCAACCUGUACCUCCACCAGAACUACCUGGACUUCUUCUCUGAGGUGGAGGAUGUGGAGCGGGCCAGCGAGUAUCUGUCCGAUGCCGACCUCCUCACCUCUGAUUGGACGAGUCGCAGCACCAUGGUGCAUUAUGGGUCUUCAGUGGCCACCAGGGGGCUCCUUCACUCCAACUCUCAACAAGUCUCUGUGGGCUUCAGGCCGCUUCACAAACCAAACUGGCUGCUGGUCAACAAGAAGCACCGAGAGAACUGCCUGGCUGCACAGUGUCUGUUCAGGAGCUUCUGUCUGACACCAGUCAGCCUGCAGACUGAACUGCUGCCAUACCUGGCAAAACUCACCAACCCUAUGAGGAACCAAGCUCAGAUAGCUUUUAUCCAGGAUGUGGGACAGAUGUCACUGCGGAGGUUUCACGGCAGAUUAAAGCUGGAGGCUCUGACAGACAAAGAGCCAGCCCAGCUCGAGGAAGACACUGAGGAGGAGGAGGAGGAGGAGGAGGAAGCUCAGGCUGGGGUUGAGGAGGGUCUGCCAGCCAGUCAGCCUCAACCUACUACAAGCCAAGUCCUUCUGGAGGAGGAGGAGCUAAUCAUAGAGGACUAUAACAGUGACUAACACACACAGCUCUGCCACGCAUCCACUGUUACACUGUGACACACUUUCACUUCUUCACUGUCAGAGCUUUGGUUAGUAUGGAGGAAGAUCAGCGCCUCUUGAAAUAAGAAAAUGAGUUCUGAGAUUCAUUUGUGACAUAUGAGAAAAAACAUUGUUAUUGUUAAAGGUCCAUUGUGUAGGAUUUAGGGGAAUAUAUUGGCAGAAAUGUAAUAUAAGUGUAAUAUACUUUCUUUAGUGUAUAAUCACCUGAAUCAUUGUGUUUUCAUUACCCCUAGAAUGAAACGUUUAUAUCUUCGGGUCCUUAUUUAUAGAGAUCACCCUGUUGCACCACCACAGUUUUUCUACAGUAGCCCAAAAGAGACAAACCAAACACUGGCUCCAGACAGGGACAUUUGUGUUUUUGUGUUGGCCACCAUUGUAAGGUUCCCAGAGUUACACUGAUUUUUAAUGUGAAACAGCUUUAUUCAGUAUUUAUACCGCUUUAAAUUACCUGGUCUGUUUGUUUUGGAG